AUGCCCGCCGCAGUCGACGCUUCCAAGAAGCGCAAAAGCAGCAAAAAUGCUGGAGCCCCCUCCAAGCGCCGUGCGGUGGCAGAGGACGAUUUCGCCGACACCCUGUCUACUAUCGAAAAGCUCGAAAACGAGAUUGCGGAGUCACGAAAGCACUACAAUAACAUUGCGACCCUGAUUUCGAUGCUUAAUGUUGAUAAAUCAGCCAAGAACCCGGACCUUGCUGUCGCAGUGUCUUUAUGCCGAGUGUUCAGCCGAUUGAUGGCAGCAGGCACUUUUACCGAGUCGAGUCGUGCCGCCGAGAACGAAAAGAUCGUUACCGCAUGGCUGAAGGAGAGAUGCCUGGAGUACCAGCGGGCGCUGUUGGUUAUCAUGCGCGAAGGCGAUACUACAUCUCAAAUCACCGCUUUGACGCUGAGCAUGCGCAUCAUCAAAGAGCGCAUCACACAUAUCCCCGGAGCCGACAACAACGUGUGGUCGACAAAUUUCAAGGACAUUGUGGAGGCCGUGAUCGAGGCUCAGGACGGUCAAGAUUUGCAGACAGAAUUCAUUACAAAGUUCCUGAAGGAAUUUGAAGACGUGAGAUACUACACUUUUGGGCAGAUCUCUGAAUACGCUGCCAUCCGACGAAGCUCCGAUGUCCUCGACUCCCUCACAACCAUCCUCUCUGCAUGUGACGACGUGCCCGCCGAAGGCCACAAGUUCAAAAAAUUCUUCGCAACCCCCGCAGCAACGAACAAGCGGAUCACCUCGGUGAACUCCCACAAAAAGCGCGCGCAAGAGGCAUGGCUGGCAAUUCUUCGCAACGACCUUUCACAGGCACAGCGCAAGAACCUUCUGCGGAUUAUGGUGCACCAUAUCGAGCCUUGGUUCAGCCGACCCGAGCUCUUGAUGGAUUUCCUGACGGAUUCCUACAACGCCGGUGGUGCCACUUCGCUCCUCGCCCUGUCUGGUCUUUUCUACCUCAUUCAAGAGAAGAAUCUGGACUACCCACAAUUCUACACCAAACUUUACUCGCUUCUCGAUGCGGACCUGCUGCACUCCAAGCACCGUUCACGAUUCUUCCGUCUGAUGAAUACAUUCCUCGCCUCGACCCAUCUUCCGGCUUCCUUGAUGGCUAGUUUCAUUAAGAAACUUGCCCGCCUGGCCCUCAAUGCCCCGCCGUCGGCCAUUGUGGUCAUCGUCCCUUUCAUGUACAAUAUUUUCAAGAGCCACCCCACAUGUUCCUACAUGAUGCACCGGGUCAUCAACGACAAGGAGCUUGCAGCCGAGAUCGAGGCAGAGGGCAUGGAUGAUCCAUUCGACCCCACAGAGAAGGAUCCUACCCGCACCGGUGCCAUCGAGAGCAGUCUGUGGGAGAUUGAGACUCUUCAGUCUCACUACCACCCCAACGUCGCUUCGAUCGCUCGUAUCAUUUCCGAGCAAUUCACCAAGCAACACUAUAAUCUGGAGGAUUUCCUGGACCAUACCUACCAGGGAAUGGUGACGCAGGAAUUGGGAACGGGAGAGAGACCUUUGAAGAAGACUCCUGUUGUGGAAUACCAGAUCCCCAAGCGUAUCUUCACCGAUCGUAUGCUCGAGGAGGAUGGUGGUGUCGACUCAGGCCCUGGAAGCUUCAUGCGUGGCCUGUGGGAGUUUUCCUAA